GUUGACCAUUUGAACGGUGGUUGCAGUUUGAAUUGUUAGUGUGUCGUUUAGAUUUAAGAUUAACCCUUAACAACAGUGUUUCGAACAGAACUGAGCGCGGAAGAGCAUCACCAUGAAGUUAGUGGCGUCGGUAACGGCGUGUCUGCUGGUGGCAUUCCUGCUAACCAUCAGCAUUGAAGCGCAAGAGAAUGUUCUCACCCGGGUGGCUCCGUCAAUGUUGGAGUGCUACGAGAAUGCGCAACUAUUCGAGCGUGACAAUCGGCUACCGAUGACGAUGAAUAUGCUGAUCGAGAUGAUCCGCAAGGUGGAAGAUUCGCCCGGAUUCCAGCAGGACAUACGGCAGCUUACCAUCAGCAUGCUGCAUCGCUUCCGGCAGGACGGCAUCGUACGUGCCCCGGGAGUAUCGAGCAUUUCCGGUGUGAUUCCCUUCAGUCCGACCGAGUUCCAGUUUACGAAGCAUCGCGUACUGUUUUCCCGUUUGCUACCGGGCAAUGCGGUCAACUUCCCAAAUGCUACGCUGAGCGUCGACGAGAGGUGUGCUCUUCAUUUUAUGCUAUCAAACUCGAUCGAUCGCCGUGUUCGGGGAGAUGAGAACAUUCGCUGUUCCCAGCUUUCUCAAUAUCGAGCUGCUCGAGUACCACGCGAGCUAGACUUCAAGGAUCGCUCCAGGCUACGCUCAAACUAUCUCGGCGAUAAUGAGAUGCUUGAGCAACCGGAAAUGGAUCGCAUUCGGGAACACAUCAAGAAAAUUAAACAUAAGGCUGCAUCGGCCGCUCGGCUCGAGAUGGACCCGGACGAGGAUCAUCCCGAUGAGGAACAGCAGGAAGCAGCCGCGGAAGAGGAGGAACCCCAGGAGGAACCGGUUGCUGCAGCAGCGGAAGAUGAAGAAACGGGUGAACCGCUGGAGGAGGAUGGAACACUCGGGGAGAUCGGUGACGUCAGUCUGGUGGACAUUGCAUCGAACGCCAUCAGUGCGUGUCCGGUGGAGAAUGGAGUGGUCUACACACCCUGGGGUUCGGUAAUGGCUGGUACUGUGUUGGCGGGUAUUGCCGCUGGUUUGGAACCACAAACCGUACAGUUGCGUGACCUUGUGUCACGAUCGGAUCAGUAUCAAAGCCGUCAAGUUCAGCCGAUGCGCGUUGACAACCGCUGGGCAGCGACACUGUCGGGAGAUUUGGCCGAAGUGAGUCUGCUUCAUGCACCAUCGGCUGCGGACAACGUGCAGGUAGGAGCGGCCGGUGCCUGGAAUCGUACUGUUGCCCCACGUUGGUAUUUCCUUAGCCAGCGGGACCACCUGCAGAUGACGGACACGGAGAUCCGGGCGGGAAUUGAUGGACUGCUGCUGGCAACGAACAUUGCCGAAUGGCGUAGCCGGGCGAACAACCUUCGGCUGAGCCAGCUGCUGGACAUGUACUAUUCGCAUCGCGGUGUGUUUAACGAUACGGUACGAUCGUGCAACCGUCGCGAUCUCUUCACGACCGUUGCACCGAUGCAGCAAUUGCGCGAGCAAACUGUCGCAUUCAGUACGGUGCUUGAUAAGGAGAUGCAAAUGCCGUUCACGAUCACGCAGAAUGCCAUCAUUAACUUCUCCGACAGAGCAACUGAUGCGCUGGCGAACUAUAUCCCGUCCGCACUAAACGAUCUGACGUGCGAUGCGACAGCGAUAGUAAUGAACGAUCCAACUGUCUGGAGAGCGGCAUCCGAUUUGUACAUCUUUGUCGAUGCUGCCUGGCCUUAUCGGGAUGUGUACUCCGUUGUAUCAAACAUUCUGGAUUCGGUCGAAGUCGGUCGCUUUGGAACGAAUUACACGAUUUUGAAUGCUCGCGAUGGUAAUGUGAUCGUUAAUUCGACGCAGUUCCUCUCGGACUUCCACAUGACUUAUACCGCUGAGCUGCACCAAACUCUGCCUACUGGACUGAAUAUCCCGAAUGUGUUCCGUCGAAUGCGAGAGGAAACGAACACUCUGAUGGCUGCCGAACGUCGUACCAAUAAUCUCAGUGGACGUUCGAAGAUCGCCCUCAUGAUCGUACACACGGACCGUGUAAGUGAAGGUGACACCAACUUUGCCAUUCAGCAUCUGCAAAUCUUCCGCGAGGAAGUGCCGGAUCUACGCUUCCUGUAUCUGGCCGCCGGAGAUUCUGGUCGAUUCAAUCGGUUCGUGCGGGAUGAGCGGCGUGAUGUAUUCCCUUUGCGUGAGCUCGAGUCUGGUUCGGUAGUGGAUACGGUACGCGUGCAACUAACGCCUGUUAUACACCGGAUACAGCAGGAACCUCGAAGAAUUGUGAAUCCUCGCUGUGGCAACGAUUGGGUGCAAGAAAAUUGGGGCUCAAACUCGAUGAACCAGUUUGUGGAACCGCGUGGUGUGAACUUCUAUCGGCUGCACCCGAACUAUUUCUUCCGGGAAGGUAACAACCGCCGUCUGCGUAUCCAGGGCCAUGGAUUUGCUACACUAACCGUUUGUCACUCCCGUUGGGUUGAGCGUCCAAGGCAAAAUUCGACGGAAAAUCGAGAUUCUAUCCAGUGCCGCACGAUCAACACCGAUGCGUACGAUAUUGAUCUAUCAAAUGCUUGCGAUGGCCACUGGCUGAUUCACACCUGCCCACCAUUGUUUGUAUCGGUGGAGGGACCACCGAAUCCUCCCGCCGUUAUUCGUUGUUCCGAGCCGGAAUGUCGCUUCCCGGAUAAUGCACGGUUCGCUGUUGUGCUGGACAAUAUGGGUUGUUUCAGUAGUGCUAGUCGAACGGUCAGCUCACUGCUGAUGGCAGCAAUCGCUGCGUUGGUACUAACGCUGUUCAAACAAUCGUAGUUGUCGUAACAUUAGAUCAAGGUUUAGUUUAAAAUCGUUUCGUUCCGAUAUCUUCAGUGGCCAGCUAGUAUUAAGAGACCCUAGGUACAAUCUAAACUGUAUCGCAUUUCCCAUUUCACGUCCAUAGAGAUGCCAGUUUACUGAAUGACAAUGGAAAUCAUUUGAUCGGUGCUGUUUGUGGCCACCGAUGACAUACCGUAAAUUAGUAUUUGUUCAAUAAAGAUUUAAUUGUAAUACA